CGGUGUGGCUGCAUCGCAGGGAACCCGGGCUGGAGGUUCGGGAAGGCAGGAAGGAGGUUCGGCAGGGGCUGGAGGGGUGCCGAGCCAAGCAGCAGCAGAAGGGGCGGCAGCAGGGGCGGAUACAGGUGUGGAUAGGGGCGAAGCAGGAGGGGCAGGUGGCACGGAUACUGCCAUGGGGGAUGCUGGUGGGGAGGGAGGGAGAGUAACGGCUGCUGGAGGCAGAGAGGCAGGAACAGACGCCCCGAGCGAAAGGGUGCAAGGGGAGGAUCGAGAGGGGAGGCAGGAGGGGAGCCAGGAUGGAGGAGAGGAGGCGGGAGCAGCAGGGGCGGGAGGGAGAAGGGCGAUGGAGCAGGACGAGAGGCAUGGGGGGGAGGAGGAGGAGGAGGGAGGGGGCAUGGCGCAUGAGGCAGAGGCGAUCAUGAGGAGGGUGGAGGGCGGGGGGGGCAUGAGAGGGCCCAUGCAGAUUAGGUUUCAGAUCAGAGAUUUUGAUGGGAUGGGGGAGGAUGGGGAGGAUGGGGAGGAGGAUGAGGAUGGGGAUAUGGAGGGAGAGGAGGACGGCGAGGAGGAUGAGGAUGAGGAUGAGGAUGAGGAGGAGGACGGGGAGGAGGAUGAGGAGGAGGAGGAGGGGAUGGAGGAGGGGAUGGAGGAGGAGGACGAGGAUAUAGAGGAGGAAGAGGAAGACGAGGAGGAUGAUGAGGAGGAGGAUGAGGACGAGGAGCAUGGGCAUGGGCUUGGAGGGGAGGACAACGGGCAUCUGCCCCCAGACGUGCUGGGGGAUGACUUGGACGAGCACGAGGCGGCAGCAGCACGCGCCAUGCGGCAUGACUUGGAGCGUGAGUUGGCCGAGGAAGAGGAGGAGGAGGACGAGGAGGGGGAUGAGGAUGACGACAUGGACGAGGACGAGGAGGACCCAGACGACGAGGACCUAGAGGACUGGGAGGACGGGGCGCGGUUCAUCGAGGUGAGGUGGCGUGACGACGUUACAGGAGCCAACCAUGUGCACUUGCUCACAGGGGGGGCUGAUGUGGCUGGGCUAAUGGACCUGCCAGGGUUUAUGCAGAGGGAUGUGUUGAGCGACCCCCUGUAUGCCGACAUGAAUGAGCCGGUGUGGGGGUGGGGCCGGCACCUGGCAAGUCACCAGCGCAGAGCGGCAGUGAGAAGCACGCUGCAGAGCCAGCAGCAGCUGUUGCAGCAGCAGGGGCAGGGGCAGGGGCAGGGGCAACUAGCGCGGACAGGCGCGGGCCCGCUGCACAUGCACCCUCUCUUGGCCCGCCCAUUCGCCCCUGGUGCGGCACCAGACCCAGCGUCUGCUUCCGCAUCCGCGUCUGCUCAUGCAGCGGCGGCGCCUGGGUCGCACCUGUUAAACCUGCUGGCAGGGAUGCGGGGCAUGGUGGGGGGCGCAGGGGGGCCAGGCGGCGGGAUGGAGCUAGACGCGGCUUUUGCCAGGGAGGUGGCGUCGCUCAUGAUGGCAUAUGAGAACCCGCUUCUGGAGGACAUGCUGCAAGCCAGGGGGCUGCUAGAUCCCAGAGCCAUGGGCGGCUUGGGAAUGGGCGGCAUGGGUGGCAUGGGGGUGGGGCAUCCGUCAGCAGUGGAGUUUGACCCAGGGAGAGCGAGGGCGAUGGGGGUGAGUGGGCUGGGCCCCGUGGUGGGGGGCGCGGCGGGGCGAGGGGAGUUUGGACGGGCGAAUCGGUGGACGGAUGAUGGGUUACCGCAGCCGGCAGGCACGGGCGCUGCUGUUGCCCAGGCGCUGGAGAGUGCCUUCCUGCGGUCCAUGCAGGGGGGGCGAGACGCAGGGCGAGGGGGCGGGAGAGAGGGAGGAGAAACAGGGGCGCGGGGAGGUGGAAGUGGGGGGCGGAAUGGGGAGAGGCAGCAGGGGAGGGCGGUAGGAGGAGGAGGAGGGGAACAACAGCGACAGGGGGAGAGGCAGGAGCAGCAGCAGAUGGAGCAGCAGGGGGAGCUGGAGAGGGAGGCGAGGCAGGAAGGCAGUGGAGGGGCCACAGGGGCAGGAGGGAGUGGGGGAGGUGCAGGUGCAGCAGAGGGUGGGGCGGGAGGAGCAGCAGGAGAAGCCGCAGCAACUGCAGGAGCAGAAGCAGCAGGAGCAGCAGGAGCAGGAGAAGCAACAGGAGAGCAGGCAGGUGCAGACAGCGUUCAAAUUGGCACUGGGGCAGAAGCACAAGCACACGUGGAAACAGAAAUAGAAGCAGAAGCCACAGAGGCCGAAGCAGGUCGGGAUGGACGGGGGGAGGGGGGAGAAGAGGGCCGGGCAGCAGGAGAUGUGCAGAUGGGCGAGAGAGGGAGUGAGAGGGAGAGGGAGGUGGAAGCAGAAGUGGAAGUGGCGAGUCAGGGCAGCGGGGGAAGUGGGUUCACGGCAGGUGAGAGCCUGCGGAGUCUCGAGGUUGAGGUAGGUAGCAUCGACGGCCAUGAUGACAUGCUGCUGCUCGGUGCCACUGCUGGUGCUGCUCCUGCUGCAGCCGCCGCCUCCGCCGCUGCUGCUGCUACAGCUGUGGCUGUUCCUGCAGCUGUAGCGGCUACAGCAGCUGCUCCAACUGUGCCGGGCUUAGAUGGAGAGGUGGCGCCGGCUGCAGCAGCUGGUGCAGAACAGGAGGGCACAGCACCACAAGUACCAGCAGUUGAAGCAGCAGUAACAGCUGAAGUUACGGGAGGAGGUGCAGCAUUAGAUGCAGUGGAGAUGACAGGCAUGGAAGUGGGAGGGGCUCGGGAGGAGCAGGUCACAGCUGGUGAGGGGGUGCCAGCGCUCUCCCCUGCUGCUGCUGCUGGUGAAGAUGCAGCAGCAGCAGCAGCAGCAGCAGCAGGUGGAGCUGCAGCAGUGACUGAAGGCGAAGGUGAGGAGCCUUCUGCCCCUGCUGCCGGCACGGCCUCCGGUCCUGCUGCCACCGCUGCCUCUGCUCCCACUGCCCCGGCCCCCACUGCUGACGCUGCACCUGCCGCUCCUGUCUCAGCCGCAGCUGAUGCUUCAGGUGGAGCUUCAGGUGGGGCUUCAGGUGCGCCAGGUGCUUCAGGUGGUGCUGCAGCAGAGGAAGAGGACUUGCCUGAGAUUGAUCCUACGUUCCUGGAGGCUCUACCAGAGGAUCUGAGGGCGGAGGUGCUGGCGUCCUUCCAGGUGGAGCGGGCUGCCAGGCAGGCCCGGCAGAGACGCGCGCAGCAGCAAGCAGCGCAGUCGCAGGGACAGGCGCAGGGGGGGCAAGGUGCUGCGGGGGGUGCAGGAGCAGGGGGGGCAGCGGGAGCAGGACCAGCAGGAGGUGCAGGGGGGACAGGCGGAGCAGGGGGAGCGGGGGGGGCAGGGGGAGCAGGGGGGAUGGCAGCAGGGGAGGGGUUGGGAGGGGAGGACGCAGGGGAGUUGGACCCGGAGUUCUUGGCGGCGCUGCCGCCGGACAUCCAGGCGGAGGUGCUGGCGCAGCAGCGGGCGCAGCGCAUGAUGGCCGCUGCGGCUGCUGCGGGCACGGAUGGGCACCCCGUGGACAUGGACAGCGCGUCUAUCAUCGCCACCUUCCCUGCCGAGCUCAGAGCAGAGGUCCUCCUGACCUCAUCCGAAGCAGUGCUAGCGUCCCUUCCCCCCGCUCUCCUGGCCGAAGCUCAGCUAUUGAGAGAGCGGGCAAUGCAGCAGUACAGUGCGCGGCACCAGCAGCACCACCACCCCGCGCACCCCCACCACCACCCUGCCAUGUUCGGAGGGCCCAUCCGCCGCUCCCCCGCUGUCGCGAGCGGCACCACCGCCCACCGCCGCCCCCCGCAUCCUUUUGCAGUCGCUGGGGGGGAGGGAGGGGUGGGAGAGGGGUUUAGAGGGUUUAAUGGGGUGGGGGCGGGGAGGAGGGAGAGGGAGGGGGCGGGGGCAGCGGCAGGGGCGGGGGGAGGGAGACGGAGUGGGGAGGGGGGGGAGGAGGAGAAGGCGCCUGUGGUGGAUGAGAGGGCGCUCAAGGCGCUCAUUCGGCUGCUACGCAUCUCACAGCCCCUGCAGAAGGCGCUGCUGCCUCGCCUGCUGGCCAACCUCGCCUCGCACCCCGCCACACGCGCAGCCCUCGUGCGCAUCCUUCUGGACCUGCUGCGACCCGACGCCGAUCCAACGGACCAGCACCCAACGGGACAGCAUCCAACGGACCAGAUUGCUGCGGUCGCAGGGGGCGCUGCCUCUGACGCUCAGCCUGCAGCAGACGGCGCCCCGCCUCACCAGCUGUACUGCUGCCAAUCCAGCGUGGUCUACGCGCGGCCCCAGCGGCCUAACAGCAUCCCUCCCCUUGUGUCCCGCCGCGUGCUCGAGCUUCUAGUCUACCUCUCCCGCCAUUCCCUCGCUGCCACACGCCUGCUGCUGCUCUUCCCUGAGGCGCUCACUCCCACGGCGCAGCAGCAGAGGGAGAGGGAGGAGAGGGAGAAAGAGCGGGAGAAGGAGCGGGAGCAGCGGAAGGGCAAAGCUAAGAUCACUGAAGUACCAGAAGAGGCAGCAGGAGGGGCGGCAGCAGCAGGGGAUAUGGUAGAGGUGGGAGUUGUGAGCAGAGGAGCGAAGGAUGAGAGAAGAGAGGGAAGGGAAGGGGAGGAGGAGGAGGGGGAGGUGGAGGAAGGGGAGGUGCCGUUUGUGCUGAUGCUGCACUUGUUGAGGCAGCCUCUCUACCUGCGCAGCUCGCCCCACUUGGAGCAGCUGCUGGGACUCAUGGAGGUGGUAGCGCGGGCAGCAGCAGAGGAGGCUCUUUCUGCCGCUGCCACUGCCGCUGACACGGCUAGGGCUACCGCUGCCACUGCUGCUGCUGCUGCUAGACUUGAGGGGCAACUAGCAGGAGAAACGCCGGCAGCAAGUGCGCCAGAGGCAGCUGCACCUGCUGCUGCUACAGCAACUACAGCAGCAGCAGCAGGGUCAGGAUUGACAGGAGGAGCUGACGCAGGUGCUGCCACACCUGCUACCGAGGCAACAGCUGCGGCUGCAGGCCCUGCCGAGGCAGCGGCGGAGGCUCGGAUGGAGAGCGAUUCAGGUCUGGGGGCUGCCGAGGCUGAACCUGCAAGCAGAGACGUGGAGAUGGGAGAGGGGGAGAGAGAAGAGGGAGGGGAGGGAGGAAGGGAAGGGGAGGGGCAGACAGGACAGGAGGGGCAGGAGGAGGAGAGACAGGAGGUAGGAGAUGCCCAGGAAGGUGCCCCAGCAGCUGUUGAACAGACUGCAGCAGCAGAAACAGCUGAUGCUGCCCCUGCUCCUGCUGCUCCUGCUUUUCCUCCUGCUGCUGCGCCUGGUGGAACAGAAAUCGCCACUGCUCCAUCGAGUGACUUCAUUCCCCCCCCGGCUUCCGCUCUCGCCCCCCCUCCCACGGCCGCCACUCAACCCCCUCCUCCCCCAGUGCCCUUCCCAGUGGCUGUCUUCCUCCAAAUCCCCUCUCCUGACCUCCGCAUUCUCUCCCAGCUCCUCGCCCACGAGGGCCUCUCCGACGCCUCCUACUCGCAAACUGUCUCCGUGCUGCGCCUCGUCACCUCUGUGGUCCCUAGGCACCGCGAACUGUUCAUUGCUGACCUGGCAGAGGCGGCGCGUCAGCUCAGCACGCCGGCCACGCGGGAGCUGCUGGAAGUGGUGGAGGGGGCGGAUGGGGGGGAGGGUGAAGGAGAGGAGGGAGAGGUGGCAGCAGCAGCAGCAGCAGCAGCAGCAGCUGAGAGUGGGAGAGAGACUAUGGAGGGGCAGGAAGCAGAAGCAACAACAGCAGCAGCAGCAGUAGCACCAACAACUGAAACACCAGCAGCAGCACCAGCAGCACUAGCGGUUGUGGCUGGCAAGCCAUGGGGCUUAACCAGAGCAGGAGCCGCCACUCUCCGCGUUCUCAAAACCCUCACCUCGCUCCUCUCACAGCCAGCCUCCUCCCUCCCUCCCGCCUGGGACCGUGAAUCUUCCUCAGCACCAGCAACAGAGGCGGAGUGCCAGGCCGUGGUUGCCCACCUUGUCACAUCGCUACACCCCCUCUGGCAGGUGCUAUCUGAAUGCUGUGCCAAGCUGGAGGCUCGGUACAAGAACCACCCUGCCCUGUCCGCCUCCUCUGCCUCGGCCGGGCCUGCAGGUUCGGCGGUGGAUGGCGCAGGAGGUGUGGGGGGAGGGGCAGCAGGAGGGGCGGUGCCGCCGCUGCCGUCAGCAGCGCAGCAGCUGCUGCCAUUUGUGGAGUCGUUCUUUGUGCUGUGUGACAAGACCAGUGGCAAGGGGAAGGGGGUGGCUGCUGGGGGGGCUCCUGCUGCUGAUGCAUCUCCGGCUGCUGCUGAUGCUGCUGCUGGGCCCGCUGCUGCUGCUGCUCCUGGCACCAGUGCAGUGUCAGCAGCAGCACUAGCAACACCAGUACCAGCAGCACUAGCAACACCAGUACCAGCAGCAGAGGUUGUUGCCCAACCAAGCUCAAGCCAAGCCGUCACUCCAUCCGUGUCAGUCGAACCCCUCCCCACUGCUGCCACCACCACCACAGCCAUCACAACACCAGCACUAGCAGCAGGCAUCCCCUCCUCCUCCUCCACCCCCUCCCCCUCCUCCCCUUCCUCCGCUCUCCUGCGCUUCACAGAGCGGCACCGCCGCCUGCUCAACGCUUUUGUGCGCGGCAACCCUGGCCUGUUAGAGCGCUCCUUCGCCCUGCUGCUCAAGUCGCCCUGGCUGCUGGACUUUGACAACAAGCGCGCCUACUUCCGGUCCAGGAUGCGGCACCUGCAUGAGCAGCCGCACUACGGCACGCUCAGGAUCACAGUCAGACGGCCGUACAUCCUGGAAGACUCGUACAACCAGCUGCGCAUGCGCACAGCAGAGGAGCUGCGAGGCCGGCUGAAUGUGCACUUCCAAGGCGAGGAGGGCAUCGAUGCGGGCGGUCUCACGAGGGAGUGGUACCAGCAGCUGUCGCGCGUGGUGUUUGACAAGGGCGCGCUGCUCUUCACCACUGUGGGCAACGACACUUCCUUCCAGCCCAACCCCAACUCCGUGCUGCAGCCGGGGCACCUCUCCUACUUCAAGUUUGUUGGCCGAGUGGUGGCCAAGGCCCUGUACGAUGGUCAACUGCUAGACGUGCAUUUCACGCGCUCCUUCUACAAGCACAUCUUGGGCGUGAAGGUCACUUUCCACGACAUAGAGGCCAUCGACCCCGACUACUACAAGAACCUGCAGUGGAUGCUCGAGAACGACAUCUCAGACAUUCUGGACCUCACGUUCAGCAUGGACGCGGAUGAGGAGAAGCGCAUUCUGUACGAGCGCACUGAGGUGACAGACCAUGAGCUCAUCCCAGGAGGCCGCAACAUCCGGGUGACGGAGGAGAACAAGCACGAGUAUGUGGACGCCGUGGCCGAUUACCGCAUGACAGCCGCCAUCCGGCCGCAGAUAGCCGCCUUCAUGGAGGGGUUCAACGAGCUCAUUCCCAAGGACCUGGUCGCCAUGUUCAACGACAAGGAGCUGGAGCUGCUGAUAUCCGGCCUGCCUGAGAUCGACAUCGACGACCUGCGCAGCAACACGGACUACACGGGGUACACGGCGGGGUCCCCCCAGGUGCAGUGGUUCUGGGACGUGGUGGCGCACCUCUCCAAGGAGGACAGAGCAAGGCUGCUGCAGUUUGUAACGGGCACAUCUAAGGUUCCUUUGGAGGGCUUUAAGGCGCUGCAGGGCCUGUCCGGGCAGCAGCGGUUCCAGAUCCACAAGGCGUAUGGCGACAACAAGAGGCUGCCCUCUGCCCACACAUGCUUCAACCAAUUGGAUUUACCUGAGUACGGGUCCAAGGAACAGCUGCGGGAUCGGCUUCUCUUGGCCAUUCACGAAGCCAGUGAGGGCUUCGGCUUCGGUUGAUGUAGCCCCCGGUGGAUGGAUUUGUUAAAGUCGUCUCACCACUGUACGCCAUUGUGCGCGUAUGGAUGUACAUUGCAAUGAUAGCAUUGGUGACACUGCUUGCAUGGUAGUGCUGAGUACUUUCAUGAUAAAUUGUUUUGUGAUUCUUGCAGCUGAUUGUAAGUAUUUUUCCGUAGUUUUGUGAGAUCAUGCAGAUUG